AUGGCUUCAGAGUCUCCUCAUGCCAACGGAUCCGCGCCGCAAGCGACCGCCGAAAAUUCGGUCGCUGCCCCAAACGGCGACGCGAAGAGAAAGGCGGAACCAAACAGCGGAACCCAGACGCGCGCAAAGCGGAAUCGAUAUAUCUCUAUCGCAUGUAACGAGUGCAAGAGACGCAAGAUCAAAUGCAAUGGCCAGGUGCCCUGCCAGCGUUGUGGCCACUUGAAACUCGAGUGUCUUUACGCUCCGAAUUGCUGCAAUGGAAACUUCAAGGAUUCCGAGUAUGUAUUUUGCCGACAUCCGUCCUGCGCUUCGGGAUCUGAUCUGACGGUGCUAUUUUUCAGGGAGUUCCGGUCCAUGAAACAGCAGCUGAGCACUCUGCAGGAACAGGUCAACACUCUCUUUGCGCAUCUGAACGAGCUGAACGCCCAGAAGCAGUCGCUAGAAGCCCUGACUUUUGAGCCGUUCCCGGCUGAUGGCUCUCGUCCGGGGUCGCUACCCGGCGCUCAGCCGCUUCCUCCUGCUGCCGCCCGGCCACGAGCCAAGCAUCCCCGGUUCCAUGGCCCUACGAGCUCAGCAUUCAAUUUCGACGUGGCCAGGUCGAGUCUUCAGAACAUGGGCAUCGCCCCUACCGAGGACGUGAUACAUGAUGACCUGACGACCGCACACGUCACUCCCGCGGGCUCUCCGCCGCCACAGUUACCAAGACAGAUGCCCCCUGCACCGGUGACGCCGAUACAUCCUUCCAAGGAUCCAAUCUGGGCGAUCAAACGGGAGGAAUGUAUUCGGCUAUGCAGGGUCUACGAAGAAGAGAUUGGGAUCAUGUAUCCCAUCUUUGAUAUUGAAAAGGUCAUCAACCAUACAAACCUCCUCUACACCUUCCUGGAGGCGGCUACUCGGACGGGAUUCGCGCAACGAGGGCUUCCCGGCGCCGACUGUCUACAGGAUGACGAUACCAUUAAUCUAAAGAUGAUCCUUGCUACUACGUUAAUGCUCGAGGGAAACGGACAAAGCGAGCUGGGACGGCAGCUCUUCGAGAACGUGAAGCCCAUUUUCCACCAGAAGUUGCUGGAGCCCGUAGAUAUCAAGUCAAUCCAGCUGUUCACCAUGGUGGCCACCUACUACUUCCACAGCGACGAUGAUAUCAUGGCCUACCGAAUUAUUGGUCUCACAGCACGCAUGUUGCUUGAGAUGGGCUUACAUCGUCGCGAUGCAUUGGCGAAGUCUUUCCCAAAUGAGGACCAGUGGUCUUCGAUCAGUAAGAUAUUCUGGUCCGUCUAUUCUCUUGACCGACGUUGGAGCUUUGGUACGGGGUUGCCAUUCGUGAUUCAAGACGAGGAUAUCGACCCAAACCUGCCAGAGCCGGAUGGGUCAAUGCCUUAUCUAAAGAGCAUGGUCGCUUAUAACCGUAUCAGCUCCAAGAUAUGGUAUUCAGGCCUUGGCUAUGAGGGCUCGACGGACAUCAAGCGCGAUGAAAUUGGAUUUCUGGACUACCAGGUCCUCCAAUGGUACAAGCAGGUACCCGAAAGCCUAAAAUUCUACGCGGUGGACUCGCCACGGGAUGGCAAACCCAUCAACAGAGGGUUACAGCGCCUACGGGUGCUGCUAUAUCUGCGUAUGAACCAGCUUCGAAUCCUUAUCUACCGCCCCGUCCUGCAUUCAGCCGCUAGUAUUGCCGAGAACAAGGCUCAUGCCCGGACGGUCGUCGAUAUUGCCAAGGACACGAUCCGGGUUCUCACCCGGCUCAAUCAGACAUCCGACAUUUACCGGACGCAACAGAUCUGCUUCAAUUACUUCCUCGUCGCGGCUCUGGCCGUCUUGUUCCUUGCUGUCUGCCAUGCGUCCGCCGAAUUCAACCGGCAGGUCCGGGACGAGUUCUACAUGGCACUGGAUUUGGUCAGUGGGUUCAGCACGAAAUCUUAUAUUUCCAAGCGACUCUGGAAGACAAUCAAGGGCAUCCGCAAAAUCGCUGAAAAGCUGGGUGUUUACGCUCGCAAUGUUGGUCCGGACUCCAAUGACCCUCACUCAACUGCGGCCGUGGCCAUGGCUGGUCUGGCAGGGCACCCGAUGGAUGAGCUCUCGGUGUAUGGGUCUCUUGGCGGAGUCAACGAAUUGGGGAACAGUCCGAUGAAUGGGCUUCAGAUGAGCCAUGAGCUGACGAACCUGUUUGAGGCGGUCGGCGGAUACAAUCACUUCAUGACAUCGAAUGGGGGGCCCGAGAACCUCAAUGGGUUUGUUGGUACUGAUGGUGAGCUCCAAAACUCUGGGGAAGGAUUGGCAGGAAUCCUAAGCAGUGAGGCAGAGUUCUCUCGUGUGCUCCGGGAUCUUUUCUAA